AUGGUGGUCCAUCACAUAGUGCUGUUCAAGCUCAAACCAGAAACAACGAAAGAACAGGUCUCCGAGCUAGAAGCCACGGUGAAGGAUAUGGUUGGCAAGAUACCAGGUACCAUUUGUCCCAUGACUGACUACUCAAUCUAUUCUCGUUCUGACUGUCACCAAGGUCUAGUCAAGAUCGAAUUCGGCCCGCCACUGGAAAGCACAGCUGCCCGCGCGAAAGGCUACAAUGCAGGCUUGAUCGCGGUGUUGGAGAAGCCGGACGAUGUCAAGGUCUAUGCGGAGCACCCCGUUCACCAGAAGUUAGACAGCCCUCUACCAGUACCAUGGUCGCCGAAAUGA